AUGAAGCCAAUAAUCUACCCUGCUUUCUCCAUUUUUCUGGCUCUCUUUUUGGCCAGAUUCUUUGGCAUACACAUCAGUUUUCUGAGAAAUCAGAAGAACCACAUGCUAAUUUUGACUGAGGAAAACACAAUUUGCAACUGCAGCUGUUCUGUGGCUAUCCAUGACUGUGAUUACUGCCUGGCAAACUUUAUGUGCAACUGCAAAACAGUGCUGCCUCCUACCAUGGAAAAAACUACCUACAACAGCCACAUAAGCAUCUGGUUCACAGACACCUCUGUGCUGGGGAUGGUCCUCAACUUCACAAGGGUGUGGGAUUUGAAGCUGUCCUUCUGUGGUACCACUCCUCUCCCAACAGAAUAUUUGGCCAUUUGGGGACUUCAAAAGCUCCAGGAACAAGGACAAUUUCCAGACCAGUGUGUAACCAUCUCCAGCAGCAGCAAUAAUGACAAAGACUUGCUUGAGGCACACAACAAAGACAGGCAAAAGCUUGCUCGUAUUUCUUUUCUGGAUACCUCAGUUUUCAAUGGAUAUUCAUUGCUGAAGUCAUACAGUGUGGAAAACGUCUCUAGUAUCAUAAAGCACUUUCCCAGCCUGCUGUACUUAGAUGUUUUCUCAACCUCAGACAAUGAGAGCUAUGUUGUAACAUUCAUUUACUGA